UUAUUUCAUUUGAAGAGGGUGAGAAAUACACAGAGAUACACUCCCUCUUUGAGUUUCUUAUUUGGUCGGUUAGUUAGUUAGUUAGUUAGUUAGUUACCUGCUCAGGUAGUCGGCUGGUUGGUUGGUUAAUGAGUUAGUUAGAUGCCUGAGCAGUGUUGCUGACAUGGAGAAGCAGCAGAACAACAACACCUGGCUCAAAUGAGAUCACAGUGACCUUUUGACCUUUGACCUAAGACCACUGAGUUCUAAUCGGUUCUUUUUUGAGUCCAACUCGGUGAUGUGACCAACACCUGAGACCAAUACACACAAACACGUGUGAGUAUGUCGGCAGUUCGCUCAGCCUCCCCUCCCCCCGGGGACCCGACCACCCCCCCGCCAAUGACCACCCCCCCACGCAAAGCCUCGGUCCGCCUGCAAGAGAGGCGGGGCUCCAAUCUGUCGCUGCUACUAAAUGUAAGCACGCUGGGGGAGGAGCCUGUGUGCUCUGUCUCCACCCCAAAGGAGGUGUGGCUUCAGCUGCUUCACACCUCCUCCCGACCACUCACACACGCCCUCCUGCAGCAAGCGGCCGCCGACACAAACGCACUGAAUGUCGAGUACCAGAAGAUCCCUCCGAACUUUGUGAGCACUGCAGAGCUCGACGUUCCAGGACACACGAUGAAAGACAGAUAUAAGACCAUCCUCCCCAAUCCUGAGAGUCGGGUGAUUCUGAGGAGCUCAGAGGACGAGGCGGGACCAGACCGCUACAUCAACGCCAACUACAUCAGGGGUUACAACGGAGCCCCGAGGACCUACAUCGCCACCCAGGGGCCGAUGGUGCACACUGUGGGGGACUUCUGGGACAUGGUGUGGCAGGAGAGGAGCAGCAUCAUCGUAAUGAUUACCAGACUCAAGGAGAACAACGAGAAAUGUGAGCUGUACUGGCCUCAGCCGAGGGACACGACGAGGACGAGUGUGAAGAGGGAGGAUGAAGAUGAGGAGGACCAGAGGGAAGAGGACGAAGAGGAUGGGAAGACGAGUCGAUUCGGUAGAUUCGUCCUCAGAGUGAGAGACAGCCAAGAGAAGGAUGGGUUCACGAUCACCGACAUGGAGAUCCAGGUAUGUUCGGAGUGUCGUCCUGUCAGACACUACUGGUUCACCUCUUGGCCCGACCACCACAUCCCACAAUGCACCACUCCUGUGCUGGGGCUGGUGGAGGAGGUGGAGUCGUACAGCAGGUCCCUCCUACUGUCCGACUCCCAACCAAUCACAGACUCCGUCCCCGGCCCUGGACCAAUCAUCGUCCACUGCAGUGCAGGUAUCGGCAGGACGGGUUGUUUCAUAGCGAGCAGCAUCAGUUGUCAGCAGCUCAGAGAAACUGGUCAGGUUGACGUCCUGGAGACAGUUUGUCAGCUUCGACUCGACAGGGGGGGGAUGAUCCAAACCACAGAGCAGUACCAGUUCCUGUACUACACUCUGGCCCAGUACAGCUCCAAGCUGCAGCACGACCAGGAGCAGAAUCAGAACCAGCAGAAGCCAGAGGAGGGCGUCAGCAUACAGCUACACAACCUCCACCUGGACAACACACAAAACCAGAGGGACUGAUGCCACACAGAACCUCUACGCUCCUGAUGGAACCCAGGAGACCUCGGAACCAAACUCAUGGAAACAAGACACAAACACCAGCAGCAGAAUCCAAAGACCUGAGGCCGUUAAGGAUCGAGAGUUAAAGAACCAGCAGAAUCACAGGAAACAAACAGGAACUGAGACUGAACAUCAAGAGAACCCGAAGAACUCAUUCAGAACCGAGAACGACAGAACUGAACCGAGAAGCUCGAACUAAAGGAACCAAGUUGAAAAAAAAACACAAAAUGUCCUUUACAGUGUUUAUAUGAAAUCAAAUAAAAUAUAAAUUUAUGAUCUUUGA